AUGAGUGCGCCGACAACCGCCGGUGCUCGUACCAAGAAACAGAACCACGCCAACAUACCUUGUCCGAUUGAAGAUUGCGCUCGCUUCACAUAUGGAAAAUUACCUGAUCAUCUCACCAAAAUACACGGACUGACUGGAGCCGAACGAGACGCUCUCAAUGAACAACAACGUAAACGUUUCUUCAACGGUGAACUUUGCCAAGUCCGCUAUUUGAAAGAAUCAGCUAUUAGAGAUCUUUGGGGGUCCGAUUACGACGAUCCACGGAUCAGAGCAAAAAUACACCAAAGUUAUGCACUAGUCAAAAUAAGAAUCAUACCUUUAGCUGCAACUCAACGAAGUCGUCCCCUAACAGAGCAGGAUGCGAAUGUUCUAACAGCCUAUAAUGCAAGAACAGCUCCGAGACCAGCACGUGUUCAAAGAACAAGAACCAGAGCUAGACCGUACUCUGUGCCAGAAACCAGUUCAGUUGAAAGUCGCGUAUCCAGUGAAUCAAGCGAGGGUGAAGACAGUGCUCGCAGUUCAUUGCCUCUAUCACCUCCGCCGUCGUCACCGUCACUGCCACCAUCACCAUCUCCAUAUGAAUUACAACCAGUAGAAACACGGUUACAAGAUAUAUUUGAUUCCAAAAUUGACGCAGGCUACAAAGCGGUAAUUGAUGACAUGAAGAAAACGAUGGCUAUGGGUCGAACGCUUGGAGCCAGAAAACGGAAAAUCUACAGAACAUACCGGCGAUACGCAAAACGAUUGAUCGCGUUCUUACAUCGACAGCACUCACCACUGGCGUAUGAUGUUGAUGUCCUCCUGUGUGGAGAGAGACAAGUUUGUGCUUUCCUUGAGCGCAUAAGCAGCGAGCAUAAAACGAAAACGCUCAGAAACUACAUCGUAGCCGCGAUAAAAUUGCUGGAUUCACGCCUUUUCGCCAUUGAAAGAGACCCUUCAUGCAAGGAAAAAGUUGUAUCAAUGACACGUGUUUAUGAAGUUUUGCUUGGACGCUUGAACGAUUGUGAUAGACUUCUUGCACAAAAAGAGAUAAUUUGCCAAAAGGAAACAUUCGAAAAUGAUGAUUUAGCUCAAGAAUUCCACGGAAGCUAUGACGAACUUGUAUAAAAUAAAGGCGAAUCGAUGAAAAAAUAUGGUGUAUAAUAUUACGAACUUUUUUAUUUGUAAAUAAAUACUUAUUUUCUU